CUUUGAAAUGAAAACAAUAAACAAAACGGGACGUAUGAACCCUAUAGGGGCUUCGAGAUUCUUACUCCGGCGGCCAUGGACCAUCCCAAAACCCUCGAUCUCGUCAAGGAGCUUGUCCUCCGCCUCCUCUCUGCUGUCGAUUCUCCCUCUUCCGACGCCAUCGAUGAGCUUCCCCGAGCCCUCCGCUUCGCUCACCGCCUCCUUUCCAGCCGCAUGGCACCUUCCCUCGCUCCGGAUGAGCUCGUACUUGCCGAGACAAUCAAGCGCCAGCUCGCCGCCUGCGGUCGCUCCUCUGACGCCCUGGCCUUCUCCGACCUCCGCACCAAGCUCUCGGCCCGCUCCUCCGCUCCCGGAUCCAUCCGCAACCGUUGGGCCCUCCUCUACCUCCUCAAAUCCCUGUCCGACGCCCGCCGCCGCGAACCCCUCCUCCCGUCUUCAGCGACGACCGGCCUCCCUGCCCUCCCCCUCAACCCUCAGCCGAGCCACCAAUCGCCUCUUGCCGCCAAAAAAACCCUACCCCCGUCCUGCGGCAUCCUGCUCGUCUCCAAGGAUCCAGAUAACAUUCGUGAGAUCGCACUCCGAGAGUACGGUGAUAUAGUCAUGGACGAGACUGAGGUCUCGGAAUCGGCCCUCGUGAGGGAUAUCCUCUUUGUUUCCCAGGGUAUCGAUGGGCGGUAUGUGAGGUUCGAUAAGGUGUCAGACCGCUAUGAACCUCCGGAUUUGCUGAAGCUGCCAAGAUCCAUGAGAACGAUGGUCUGCAAGCUCUCUGAACUCGGAUGGCUCUUCCGGAAAGUCAGGGGUUAUAUCACUGAGAGCAUGAGCUGCUUUCCUGCUGAGGAGGUUGGUACAGUCGGCCAGGCCUUCUGCUCUGCCCUCCAGGAUGAGCUUUCAGACUACUACAAACUUUUGGCUGUGCUUGAGUCCCAUUCUCUGAAUCCGAUCCCGACUCCUGGUUCCGUUUCGGGGGUAACAGUGAAUUACCUGUCCUUGAGACGGCUUGCAGUCUGGCUCGCUGAACCCAUGGUUAGGAUGCGAUUGAUGGCAGUUCUAGUUGAUGGGUGUCGAUCUCUUAGAGGUGGAGCAAUGGCUGGUGCAAUACACGAGAGGGCACAGCAUGGGGAUCCAUUGGUACAGGAGUUCAUGGGUUGUCUCCUCCGGAGGGUCUGCUCACCUUUGUUUGAGAUGGUCCGGAGUUGGGUCUUGGAGGGGGAGUUGGAGGAUACAUUUGCGGAGUUCUUCAUACAGGGCCAAGCUGUAAAGGCCGAGUCUCUAUGGCGAGAAGGCUACCAAAUCCAGUCUGCUAUGCUGCCUUCUUUCAUUUCUCCUGCUCUGGCACAAAGGAUCUUGCGGACAGGAAAGUCCAUCAAUUUCCUCAGAGCUUGCUGUGAGGACAAUGGUUGGGCUACUGCUGCUGCUGAAGCAGCAGCUCAUGUUGGGACCACUACUAGGAGGGGUGGGCUUGUGUAUGGGGAGCCAAAUGCUUUAGAAGCACUUGUUGUCGAGGCAGCUAAGCGGAUUGAUCGUCAUUUGAUGGAUGUGAUUCACAAGCGGUAUCGGUUCAAGGACCAUUGUCUAGCAAUCAAAAGGUACUUGCUUCUUGGUCAGGGAGACUUUGUGCAGUAUUUGAUGGAUAUUAUAGGCCCAGAGCUAUCAGAACCAGCCAACACAAUCAGCUCAUUCCACUUGUCAGGGUUGCUAGAGAUGGCAAUCCGUGCAUCCAAUGCACAGUAUGAUGAUUGGGAUAUUCUAGAUCAUUUGAAGGUAAAGAUGAUGGAGCAUGGUGAUGGUAAUAGGGGAUGGGAUGUGUUCUCAUUGGAGUAUGAUGCGACAGUGCCUCUGGACACAGUAUUUACUGCAUCUGUCAUGAAGAAGUACCUCAAGAUUUUUAACUUUCUAUGGAAACUAAAACGGGUUGAGCACGCAUUGAUUGGAAUAUGGAAGAUGAUGAAACCAAAUUCCAUUAUUUCUUGUAUUUACACCGAAGAAGGUGCAGCAGUUAAGGCACAGUUUGUCGCUGUUCUACGAAGGUGCCAAGUACUGUGGAAUGAAAUGAACCAUUUCGUGACAAACUUUCAGUACUAUAUAAUGUUUGAGGUUCUUGAAGUUUCAUGGGCACAUUUCUCAGAAGAAAUGGAUGCUGCAAAAGAUUUAGAUGAUCUUCUUGCUGCUCAUGAUAAGUAUCUUAACUCAAUUGUGGAGAAGUCUCUUCUAGGGGAGCAAUCUCAGGGUCUUAUUAGGAUUCUGUUUGUUCUAUUUGAUCUUAUACUGCGGCUUCGAACCCAUGCAGAGAGGUGGUUUGAAAGCAUCUUUCAGUUGCAGCUUAGAGGGAAGAGCAAAUUAAAGACAAAACUGAAGGAGCCAGGUUCAUAUCCUGAUGUGGGUAGAAAAGCCAUAAUGCAACUUGCUGGAGAAUUUCUACAGCGCAUGGGUGAAGACCUUGACAAGAUUGCAAAAGAGUAUUCAGCAUCACUUGAUGCUUUUAUCUCUCAGUUGCCCAUGCAACAACAUGUUGAUUUGAAGUUCCUUCUCUUUCGUCUAGACUUUACCGAAUUUUAUAGUCGGCUUUCCCCUAGCAAGUAAAAUUUGGGCAUACUGCAGAAGAAGCAAUGCGAAAACAGUGAUGUCAGUUGUUCUUUCAUGUGCAACUUACGAGAUUACUGGCCAUUUCAGACUGUUGAUUGUAUAUCAUUUAUUUAACAAACAUAAAGAUAUUAAGCUUUUCAUUCCACGAAGAAUCACAUAAUGAGGUUAAGGUACGCUUUUAGUUGUGGUUUUAUAUUUGGAUAUGCUGAUGUACAUGUCAUGUAUUUGAUGGUUUUAUUAUGUCUUUGGAUUUGUCGAGUGAUGGUUAUGAGGAUUUUCUUCCCAAGCUUGUAUUUUCUGAUGAAAUAUGUGAUUCUUUUAGUAAAUGAUGGAAUCUACCAUUUGCACGAUCCUUUACUAAGUUAUUGUCCAUUUCCUCUUAA